CAGUGAGCGAAAGGAGAGCAUCUCCCCACCCUGCCCCUGAGUCCCCCAACCCUUCACCACCAUCAUGACCUCUGAACUAGGGAGCAGCCUUACCUCCAUGGACUGGCUUCCCCAGCUUACCAUGCGGGCGGCCAUCCAGAAAUCCAAUGCCGGGCACCAACACCACACUCACGUGUACCCCCAUGGGCAUCAUGGCCACGGGCUGGGAAAGAAGAAUGCCCCGCUGGACCAGGGAAACAUGCUGGACCAGGAGGAGGUGGCCCAGCAUAGGGAUGGCAAACCACCCUACAGCUACGCCAGCCUUAUCACCUUCGCCAUUAACGGCUCGCCGCACAAGAGGAUGACCCUCAGCGAGAUCUACCAGUGGAUCUGUGACAACUUCCCCUACUACCGGGAGGCUGGCAGCGGCUGGAAGAACUCAAUACGGCAUAAUCUGUCCCUGAACAAGUGUUUUCUCAAAGUGCCUCGCUCUAAAGACGACCCUGGGAAAGGGUCCUACUGGGCUAUAGACACCAACCCUAAAGAGGACACACUGCCCACCAGACCAAAGAAGAGGCCGCGCUCUGGAGAAAUGGCCUCCACCCCCUACAGCCUGGAAUCGGAGUCCCUGCGAAUGGACUGUAUCAUGUACGGAGAUGCCUCUCCCACUCUGGCAAUCAACACUGUGACUAACAAGGUAGUGUUGUACAAGACGGAGCAGGAGGACAGCGACAGCCCCAGGAGCAGCCUCAAUAACAGCAUCUCUGACCAGAGCCUGGCCUCAGUCAACCUCAACAGAGUAGGCAUCGUGCACAGCUACACGCCGGUCAGUAAUCACUCAGAACCCUCCUCCCAGUCUCUGAGUUUAAAGCUGCAUCCUCCCCCUCCACUUCCUCCUCCUCCCCAGCCCCAGUACAACGUAGCCGAGGGGGACAAGCAGCUCCUCUUCUCCGACUUCGAGGACCUCAGUGCCUCCUUCCGCAGCCUCUACAAGUCUGUCUUUGAGCAGUCCUUCAGCCAGCAUGGUCUCAUGGGUAUGCCCAGCGAAUCGAGCCAGCAGCCACGGACGUUGUGCUCCUACCAGCACUCCCCUGGCCGGGGCAGCAGCAGGGGCAUCAACGCCCACAACCACCAACACGCACACAACCACGGUCACCGCCAUAACCACCACCCGCCCCACUCGCAGCACCUCUCUCCCCACGCCACACACAACCAACACCAACCUCAUCAACACACUCAGCACAGGCAGCACUCAUCUCAGCACACACAGCACCCUCAACACCGCCAGCACCCCAACAGUGGGCAGCAGCAGUCACAGCACCUCCAGAGCCAUACUGGCCAGCCAGCACAGAUGCCCUGCACCAGCACUGGUCUGUCAGCCGACUGGUACCCCAACUUGGACUGGCUGAAGGAGAGCUGUCGCAUCGCCGGCAGCUACAACUGGGCUGACGUGGACCUCGCUCCAUUCCAAGGACUAAAGGAAAGCAUGAGGCAGGCGGAGCUCAACAACUGGUCCCUGGACUCAGCCCAGAUAGCCGACCUGUGCUCCUCCAUCAACCAGUUCUUCACCCGCACUGGGGUCAUCCCACCACAAGGCCCAUUGCAACCACAGCCACCCCCGCCUGCCUGUCACGGCCCCAUGCACACCAGCAAGCCCAGUCAGCACAUCAACACAGGUAAUCCGUAUAUGGACUCUAGACAGAACAUGUCUUCAAUGUUGGGACCCCCGGGUUACCCCCACAUGACCCCCAUGAGCACCGCAGGCUCCACGAUGACAGGGCUCCAUGGCCAGAUGAACCAGCAGCACAUGAUGCCACCUGGACACUACCAGAUGAGGAGGCUGCCUACCGAAGACAUCCAGGACGACUUUGACUGGGACUCCAUCGUUUAGAACUGCCCCAAGGAGAGGAAGAACGAGGGAUAGGGAAAGAGGAUCAGAAGAGUGGAAGAGGAUUGGGACCGGCCACAUAUGCCCUUUGGAGAAAGAGAGACAUUACAGGAGAGGAGUGUCAAUCACCUGAUUUUGGUCUUUUUAUACAAGAGUGUAGAGUGACUUUGAAGACAAUCAAACGUAAAGAGAGACUAGUCAACGUUUACCACUGGACAAGUUAUGGUCAUUUUGUCGAGAAAAAAUUACAUUUGG